AUGGGUUCAUUCACCGGCUAUGUUAUCAUCUACGUUCUCGGCGGCGUUACUUUUCUCCCUCUCAUCGUCGCCCUACUAUUUCUUCAUGCAUAUCUCACACUCAAGCCGCCCGUGAGACACGACGAGUCAUCAUCUUCAGCUUCCUGUGCGGCUACGACUGGUUCGGUAUCUAAUCAGCAAUCCGGAAACAACAACACAAGCGAUAACAACGGUAAUAGCAUUCACGAUGAGAAUAAUAGAUCACUCGCGAGAAGAUCGAGUCUCUUACGACCAAACGAUGACCAAUUCAGCCUCAAAAGCGGCACCGACGUCCUCGCCGAAAAGUUUCACCGUGCCCACGAAUCCGAUGUUGCUGCGGCGGGCUAUUUUGCGGUUUGUCGUGAAUAUGUUCCCGGAGGCGUAAAUGGGAAACCACCCGAGAGAACAACGCCGGCUGGCGAGGUGGUGGGGACAGAGAACCAGAGUCCUAGUGUUUACCAGAGCAUGUAUCGGAGUAUCUUUGAGCGGAAGACGGCUUCUGCGAGUAUUGAGCCGGGGAAUCAUAAUAAUGGAGGCCGGAAUUUUAGGAAGGCGAGAAACGUGUUUUAUAUUGUUCUUAGACAUGGCCAUUUGAUGCUGUACGACGACGAACAACAGAUUGAAGUCCGACAUGUCAUUUCCCUUGCUCAUCAUGAUGUUACGAUAUACGGCGGCGGAGAGGAUAUUCCUGAAGGCGAACUAUAUGCAAAACGCAAUGCCAUCUGUCUGAGUCGAAGGGAGGAUUCGAUUGCCGAUCUGCGAGGACUGACUCCGCCGUUCUAUCUGUUUUGCCAGAGCCAAUCCGCCAAGGAGGACUUUUACCAUGCAUUAUUGAAGACCCAGGAAAAGAUUCCCAAUUCACCCAAUUCUCCGCCGUCACCGCAACUCUACGACCCCAAGGAUAUCGUUAAGUUGGUGCAGGAUCUUCAUGCUUCCGAAGACCAUCUACAGACUCGAUGGAUUAAUGCAUUAAUUGGAAGGUGGUUCCUUGCCAUGUACAAGACUCCAGAGAUGUAUGAAUUUGUGCAAACAAAGAUUACGAAGAAGAUCUCACGAGUUCCGAAACCGAACUUCAUAUCCAACAUUGCACUACGGAAAAUCGACAUGGGCCAGGGUGCACCCUCGAUCACUAACCCACGACUAAAAGAUUUGACCGUCGACGGAGACUGUACCGUAGAGACCGAUGUGAGCUACAGCGGCAACUUUCGCAUCGAAAUCUCAGCAACCGCUCGUAUCGAACUAGGUCCUCGGAUCAAAGCUAGAUCGGUUGAUCUGGUUCUCGCAGUGGUACUAAAAAGAUUGACUGGUCAUAUGCUAAUACGCUUCAAACCGUCACCAAGCAAUCGAGUUUGGUUUUGCUUCGCUACGAAACCUGACAUGACCAUGUCCAUCGAACCGGUUGUUAGCACCAGACAAAUCACGUACGGCAUUAUCCUCCGAGGGAUUGAAAGUCGGAUCCGUGAAGUGGUCGAGGAGACGUUGGUGUAUCCUUACUGGGACGAUGUUCCUUUCUUGGAUACGGCGUCAUUCGCGUUCCGGGGUGGUGUCUGGCAACGAGAUAUACCGAAGUAUCAGGAUGGAGUUGAGAUUCCCGAUGAGUCGGAAGCGCGUACGGAAUCUGAAGAGACAGCAGAUGCGAUUCCGGUCGAUGCGCUAAAGACAAAGGAUGAGCGUAGCUGGAGUACGCCUGAUUUUGCCAAAUCGAAUCCUCCGUCUCUUAGAUCUAGUAAGAGUUUCAAGUCUAUGACCGUCGACUCUCCGAUUGAUGAAGGUGCUACUUCUUCGUCUGUGGAUAAACGGAGCAACACAUCGCCAUUAGAGACCAUUCGAACACGGACGUUUUCAAACGUUGCGGAACCUGUUGUUACAGCCGACCAUGGGAAAGCGGAGAAAACAGAGGGCGACUCUCCCAAGGCUCACAGACGGAAUAGAUCGAAACGAGAUGCGACAUCUUCAAUGAUGGAGAUUAAAACCCGCUCACACUCAAAUUCGGUGUCAAGUACGCCGUAUGGAUCACCACCAGAAGGAAGUAUUUUGGAAAACGCUGCAUCCAGUGACUCAGCAGAUACAAUGUUCAACGAUGUAUUAUUAAAUCACGAACGUGGAAAAUCACAACGGCCGAGCUCCUCCAAUUCCGACGCUAUGGCUAGUAACGUUUCUUUGACUUCUUCCACCACUGCCAGCGACGGAAAUAACUUCAAAGGCAAAUUCGAGAGCAACAACCGGUCAUUUACCUCGAUAUCAUCUGACAAACGAUCUACAACCAUCGCCGCCAUUGGAACAGCUACUGCAGCAGCAAAGAAAUGGGGAUGGAAUGUCUUGAACAAGUCCGACCAGCGAAGACAACCAGGAGACGCAAGUUUCAAACCUGGCACACCAGAACAUCCCAUCGGACGCGGCAGACCACUUCCUCCUCCAGGAACACCGCUACCACCUCCAGAGCGUAACGGAUUCAUGUCGAAUUCGAUUAGUAUGCCGCGAAGGAAACCCGUCCCACCAGCUCCAGGUCAAUCGUCAGAAGAGAAGAAGGAGGAUAAACGGCCUGUACCGUCGCCACCUCUACCGAAACGAAAGACUGUACCUUUGAGAGAUACCAAUAACGUCAUUUUCACUGACGAGAUACUUGUCGUCGAAGCGCCUCCAGAUUCGGAACCGAAUAGUCCUGCAGUAGCUGUUGCGCCGCCACUGCCGCCGAAUAUGUCGACGAAUCUUGUAUCCGAUGUGACUCUAUCAUCUUCGAAGCCAGAAGAGACUGCCCCAGUUGAUAUUCAAAGGAAGACGAGUGAUAACCACAUUGAUGAAGACGAUGAUACUCCGUGGGACUCGGGAUUUGAGCAGAUAUCCGGGUCUUCAGAGGAUAUUGAUACUUCAUCGACAGCAUCCAAGGCCAAGACUAAACCCGCCUCCUCUCCUCUUGUUGAAGCAGAGACCACAGCCAAACACAACACCGGUUGGACGCCAUCGCAGGAGGACCUUCUCUUAUAACCGAUAACCACGUCGUACACAUGCUAUACUUUACUAUAUCUUUUCUUUAGCAUUCAUCGAAAUUCAGGCACUGCAGAUCCGGCCAUCUGCAAGCGGGCGUUUUGGGUGGGAGGAAGAGAUCCGGCGGCGUUUGUAUGCUUAUUUAUCUUC